AUGCAUCACGAGCUGUUCUUGGCACUGCUGGGUGUAUGCGGCGAAGUCGUCGUGGAGAGAACAGCCUCAAAGCGGGAGAAUGUGACGACGUUUACCUUUGACGAGCUAGCCACGCCGUGUCUUCUAUCUGAAGGCGAUCGGCAAGUGCUGCUACCCUUGUUGCACGUCGGGUACUGCUUCCGUCGGCUGUCCAAGUUUGCCCAACCUCCACUGGACACUUCCAGACGUGAUGGAAGCUCUAUCCACCCUAGCUUAUACGUGCACUCGUUUCGACAGUCGCUGUCUGCCACCCUCGCUGUGUAUGCGAAGCACGUGGCGUCGUUGGAGCAAGAGGUCCUAGCCAAGACUGACAGCAACUUGUUCCCAUUUGCGCGGCUCUUGGUGGAUUUCCAGGGCGAACUGGAGCUGUUCCCGUUCUUGUGUCGCCUUGUGGACCACAUCGAGCGAAAGAAGCUGCGAGGGAAGGGGGUGCUGGAGAUGCUGCAGUCGCACGACCGAAGCGGUUACCCUCGCGUCCAAGCAUGCGUCCAGUCGUAUCUGUGCAAUGCACAUCGCGUGUUCUUCCGUCAAAUGAUGUCGUGGAUGACGGCGGCGCAUGUCGUCGACCCUUACGGUGAAUUCUUCAUCACAUCGCCGUCCUCGUCGUCCGAGUACGCAGUGGACUUGGCGCGCGUGCCGCUGCGGUACUUUCCCAGCGAACUCGCUGAAGACGUGAUGUUCAUUGGAAACGCCAUCAAGAUAUUGGGCAACAACAGCCAGCACCACCAGGCCAUUUGCAGCUGCCUCCACUCGCUCGCCAGCCACCGGACGUGGUCGACCCAAGUCGUUCGAGACGAACUUGCUAAGCUACGCGUGGUCAUCGCGUCGGCGCUGGGAACUCGUGUGGUGGUGCAAGGUCAGUUUAUUCAGUGGCUAGCUCGAGUCAAGGCGUUCUACCUACUUGGACACGGCGACUUCGUCCACGCCGUCAUCGACCAAGCGUCCCCCGUCUUUGCCAACGCUCCCACGAUUCGAUCUGAACAAGAGCUCAACCAUGGGGUAUGGUCGGCCUUUGAACUGGACGCCUCGUCCAUGUCCCUACGGGUACCUCUCCAAGAGUUUUCGUUUGCAUUCAACCAACCACAUGUAUUAGACGACGACCCACGAGUCAGGUGUCGUGGGUUGGUGCUGCUUGGGAGUUGGAACGUCCAAGUUGCGGGACUGGCGGCCGCCGAUUCUCCAUUAACCUGCUGGUUCCACCACAUCCAGUACAUAUCUCGGUCAUUUCGCACGAGUUUCAGUGUCGUCCUGGUUGACCCUCCUCCUUUGAACGCCCCCCCCUCCGAAGUGUCGCUGGUGCUACAGUCUGACGGCGUGCAUGUAGCUGCUGCAUCAUGUCCAAUGGAUUCCUCUUCGAACGUGAUCAUUCCAUCUACCAGCCCCAGCCUUCGACUGCAGUUUCAAUUCCACUCGGUUCAAGACGGAGCGUGCCACGUCACUACGCGGUUGUUCGUGUACAACGACGGCAGGAACGACGCCCCAUCCCUGCACGACACGUGCACGCACCUCAAAACAGCGGGGUCGAUCUCUGUGGUAGUCGACUACGCGGCAGACAUAAGUGGAUGGCGAGUGCACAUGAACGACCGUUUGUGCUUCGAGUACUCUAUGAACGUUCUCAAGCAAGUGGACGGUCUGGCGCGGCGCAAAGGCGGCAUGUUCGUGGGUCUGGUGCUGCUGCCUCCCAUCACGUUGGUGUCUUGGUCGUGUGGCCGAGUCGCCGCUGAUGAGGACCCGUGGCAGUAUGUCGGUCUUGACAUGCCAGUUCCGUGGCCCGUGGCUCCGUUGCUGCUGACACCGGCAACUCUGGUCACGUACAACCACGUGUUCCAGCUGCUGUUUCGACUCAAGCGCGUGCAGUUUGCACUCAACCGGACGUGGAAACUGUCUCGACACCACUCUCAAUCGUGUGCGAUAUUGCGGCACCGUGUGCUCUUUGCGCUGUCGCAUGUAUUUGUGUACUUUGAAAGGGAUGUGGUGGACGUCCACUUCCAUGAAUGCGUGGCCGCGUGUGCAAAGAGCUCUGAUUUUGACGUGGUCAAGAAAGCCCACGACACAUUUGUGGCCCAACUGGUCAAGAGAUGCUACUUGUACUCGGCCACUGUUAUGCACGCUAUUGACGCACUGAUUGCCCUGGGCUGGGACUACUGCCGCCACGAGCCGCCCCACGCCACUCGCGAUGCCACGUACUUGGCCUCGACACUGCGCCACUUGUGCGCUGUUUUAGCCAACACGGACGCCCACCCCCUCGUGCUCGUGCUCGAUUUCAACGGGUUUUUCACUCACGGUUAACGCCAUCCCACACUAAUAGUUAGUAUUAAUAUUCAUACAUUCCAAGCAUAACUACUA